AUGCGGAUGUGGGGCCGGUGGGGGCGCCUCCGCCGAGUCAACCAAAAGUUCGAAGCCGUCGCGGCCGCGAAGGUCCAGUCCGACGCAGCGGCCCGCGCCCGGCCCGCCGCGGCCGAUCUCAAACCUGACGUCGGCGGCGUCUUCGCCUGGCGCAUGGCCGCGAUUUCCGAGGCGCUGGCCGGCGGCCUCGUCGUGCUCGAGGAGGCCUGCUCCCUCAUCGAGAACCUGCUUUUCCUUUGCGGCUGGGUCAAAGACAUCGACUGUCUGGUGACCUUCCACGAGCGGUUCUGGAGUCGCGUCCGACGCUCCAGGCAGCCCAUGCCCGGCUACCGCCCCAUAACGCUCACGGAGGUGCAGCGCGCGCUCUGCCUCUUCCAGGGCCAGUGGGCGAAGGCGAGCCGGAAUGCCGACGAGCUCGACGGCGCCCACGCCCAGCGCGCUUCCGAGGGCGACCUGUGCUGGCAUUUCAGCAGCGGGAAGACCUGCAAGCACGGCGACGCCUGCUGGUUCCGUCACGCUUGUCUAGCCCCCGCAAGCGCGGCGGCGGAUUUCCAGGCCGCCGACGCGCAGAGCGGUUACCUGCUUAGCCUGGACUGGGCGCCCACGCGGGCUUCGGGCGCCCUUAAUACGGCGUCACUGCGGCGCCUGUACAGCCGCCCGCCGGCCACGCCCCUCGCAUGCGCCGCGCUCGCAGCCGGGCCGCAGCCGGCAGCGCAGCGAGCUCAGCCCAAGCGGCAGUGGCGCUGGCGCGCGCGCCACGACCGCGCCAGGCACACGUGGCCCUCACGGUGCGCCCGUCGCUGCCCCCCGCCCUAUGCCCCGCCGCCCUGCGCCGCGUGGCGCCCGGGGCUUCCGCGCCCGGGCGCUAUCCCCUGGUGCGGGGGCGCCGCAGCGGCGCCGCCCCGGCCCCUCGGCGCGCCCCGCCGGUGCGGCAAAGCCGCAACGCAACUGCAGCGCACCAUCGCGCUGGUCCAACACAUCGACCGGGCGUGGGGCCAUGCGAACGGCCAACCAUUGGCCGCGUGGGCGGAGCCCCCGACCGCGCCCCUGCCGGCCCCCAUCCGCAGCGCGCUGUUCUGGGCGCGCGAUUGCCCCGACUACGAGCCGUGGGUCAUCGGGCAGAUUCAGUAUUGGAAACGCGUCCAGGACACCGAUGUCAUAGCCGACAUAAUGUCGGCAUUUCGGAUGCGGGGCGUCCUGCCCGACACGAAGCUGUUCGAAAACGUGGGCGGUGGCGACCUCCCAGACGCCGCUCCACUGGGCCGCGCGCUCGAGCACGCGCUCGAUUCCAAGGGCGCCAUGCUGCUGGAAAUGCUCCAGAACGCCAAGCGCGAGCCGGUGUGGCUUGACGCCGCUGGGCGCGUAAAUUUCACUGUGCCCUUUGCCCGGUGGCUACCGACGCGCCAUUUCCCCCGCGUCCAGGGCCGCGCCGCCGCCUCCUACAAAGUGCGCCCCAUCGAUGAUGCGACAGCGAGCGGCCUCAUUUUGGCUGUCGCCACCCAGGGGCGCAUGCGCAUGGCCGGCCUGGCCUCGCUCCUCGACGCCGUUUUCUCCAUCGCCGAGACAUUCCGCGACUGGGGCGACGGCGGCGUGCCGCUCAUCGCAAAGGGUGACCACGCCCAAGCAUGCCGGCAGUGGCCAGUGCACCCCGACGACGCGCCCCUGCUGGUCUGCCUCGUCUGGGACGACAGCGUCGGGCACGCGGGCGGCUACCGGGCCUGCGCGCACAAAGCCCUGCCAUUCGGCGCCUUCGGGGCCGUGUGGGGGUGGGCCGCCCUCCACGAAUGGGUAUUCCAGGAGCUGCACGCCAUGCUCGGGAUCCCGCUGAAGGAGGGAAUGAACCAGGGCCCAGCAGCCGUGCUGGACCUGCUAGGCCUGGGCGUCCUCACCAUCCCACGCUGGGCGGGCCUGCGCCUUACCGCCAAGCGCCGCGCCGCGCUGUCCGACGACGUGGGCGCCGCCCUCCGAGCACGGCGCCUCUGCAAGCGCGACGCCGCCAGGCUGGGCGGCCAGCUGGGCUUCGCCACCUCGGCGAUGUUCGGCCGCGUUGGCCGCGCCUACGCCUCCCCGGUGCCAGCGCGCGCCGGAGGCGCCAUCGGGGGCAUGGUGUUGUCCCCCAUAAGCGGUGGCCACAGUUUGUCCGCGCACAUCCCGCCGAACCUCUGCGCAGAGCUUCUCAAGGUCGGUAAAAAGCAGCGGAACACGCAGUCCGAGCUGCUCGCCGUGCGCGUCCUGCUGCUGACGUGCCCCGAGGUAGUGCGCGGCGCCCGGCUGAUCCUGUUCGAAGACAACACUCCCGCCCUGGAGAACAUCCGCCGCGGCGCAGCAGGCGACGACGACAGCGUGGCUAUUGCCGGCGCCAUCUUUGGAGGCCAGCGCCGGGGCACCUGUUGGGUUUGGUACGGACUGAGCCCGUCCAGGCACGCAGAUCCAGCCUGGGGCCUGCUCGUCUUCUUCUUGGGGGGGCCGCGCCGCACGCAAGUCAGGAUGUGCAAGGGCGACGGCCCCGAGGGUGCCCUGUGGCAGGUGGUGGGCGGCGGGGCCAGUGGCGGCCUCAUCGUGAGGGACGGCCAGGGCACCUCGGCCCCAGAGGCGGACUGCCGGCUCUCCACCGGCGCGCUGGUGCGGCAGCUGGCCCUGGACGGCGGUCGGCUCCGGUACGAGCUCGUGACCGGCGAUGGCCCGCGCAGCGGCUGGGUGAGCACCUCGUACAGGGGCAAGGACCUCGUCGCGAGGCUGGAGGACGUCACCGAGCAGCAGCAGCAGAGGCUGGCGCUGCAGCAGUACGCCGGCCGCUUCGGCAGGCCUGCCGCGGGCGACGGGGGCCCCGACCGGCCAGGCUCCCAGAGGAGGGCCUUCUCCUGGAGGGCCGACGCGCAGCACGAGGCGCCAGCGAGGCCGGAGGAGCGCGCCCGCGGCGAGCUGGAGCGCGCCCUGGGGCUGGCCGCCGCGUGCGCGGGCGGCGCCGGAGCCAGCGCGGAGGACUCGGACGGGGAGGAGGUUCAGCUGUGCGGGCACUGCAGGCUGCCGCUUGGCGAGAGGGUGUACACCAGCAGUGGCAGCAAGGUGCCGCUGCACGAGGAGUGCGUGUCGGAGUUCAUGGUGCGCAGCCUGAGCGAGCAGGAGGCCUCCCGCCUGCGGGAGGAGCAGAAACUGAAGAGCGCCACCCGUGCGGAGUACGGCAUCGGCUGGAAGCACGAAGCGCUGGGGAACCACAGCACUCCUCAGGGCAUGUGCUGCAUGGUCCUGGACCCGGCCUCGGGGUCCGUGCGCAUCGCGCCCACCAUGGAGCCAGCGGCGGCGGUCAACCUGGAAUACCUGUCCACGGCCCUGAAGGUCCGGCGAGACGAGGGCCGAGAGCCUUACUUUUCCCUCGACCCGACUGGCACGGAGUGGGCCCGUGGGGCUAUGCAGGAGAAGCGCUUCGAGCCAGAGUGGCUGGCGGGCACGAGCGUGGGAGAGGUGAUGUUCCAGGCCGACUACCACCUCAAGGAGCUUUCUAUGGGCGAGCACGAGCAGCCGGUGGUCGGCAUGAAGAGCUGCUGGCAGCUGGAGGACAGCGACCGGGCCAACGAGGACGAGUGGAACGCUCGCGAGUGGUUCGUGGUGCGGGAGGCAGACGUCCAGAUGACGGAGGACGGCGCCCUCGUCCCUUUUGUCAAGAUGGGCGUGGAGGCGCGCGAACAGAUCGAGACCGCCAGUGGCCUGGAGGACGCGCCCAUCACGAAGCCCGAGCACCCGCUGGUGAGGUACGCGCAGGCCUUCUCCAAGAAUUUCGACCUCAUAGCGGAGCGCCGCAGCGUCGUGUACCACCUGCGCGAGCUCGCCAAGGCGUCCGUGCUGGCCAAGUUCCUGCUGGAGGCCGAGGUGCCGCUGGAGGAGUCCUGGUUCGGCCUGUCGCGCGUGGUGGAGCCCGCCUGCUCGCUGGAGGUCCCGCAGCUGUGGAACGAGCGCUACCACGCGGCCAUCGCCGUGCAGGGUGGCGGCGUGGAGGAGCAGGUGGUGGCCCCGCAGGUUCGUGGCGUCUACGGCGGGGUGCAGUUCGGGCUCGAGAGGUUCAGUGUGGGCGCCCGCGCCGCGUCCACCUCGGUGCAGCUCGGGCGCGUCGGCGCCCGGGGCCCGAUGCCGCGCGUGUCGGCCCCGCUGGCGCAUGGCCACCAGCGUCACCGGCGGCCUCCGGGCGCCGGGGAUGCGCGCCGCCGUCUCCAUGCGCGCCGGCGGGGUGCCGCGCGGCGUGCAGUUCGGGCUGGAGAGGUUCACCGUGGGCGCCCGGGCGGCCGCGGCCUCGGUGCAGUUUGCCCGCGUGGGCGCCCGCGGCCCGAUGCCGCGCGUCUCGGCCGCGCUGUCGAUGGCAACCAGCGUCACCGGAGGGCUGCGCACGCCCGCGAUGCGCGGUGUCGACCUGAGCCUCGACGACUUCGACCUCUCGACCGCCACCGUUGUCAAGGGGGGCGGCUUCGAGGCCCUGCGGUGCGCGCCGCUUGCCGCGCCCUUCUGGGCCGGCCUGGAGGACGGCGCCGUGUUCCAGGGGGAAGACGCGGCAUUGCUGAGGCAGGUUUUCCACCCGGCUCUGUCGGACAGGCGCGAGGAGGGCGAUCGUUUCGCGCCCCCGGACGCCUCGCGGGGCUACGUGGAGGGCCUGCGCCAGCUGGUGAACGACGAGGCCAUCGCGCAGGACCAGCGCCGGCGGGCCUUCCUGAGCGCCGGCUUCCGUGCGGAGAGCCCGGGGCCCGAGUUCCCGCUCUCGUGGCAGGCGACGUUCCGCCUCGACCUGGGCAAGGCCUCUGGAGGCAGCCCGCAGCGGGGCCCUCUGCACCCGCGGCCUGA